AUGUCUGACCCGGUAACCGGCGAUAGAAUACCUUCAAGCCCCAUCGCUGGGCGCGGCGGUCGCUCCAACCGCGGGGGCUCGUCCACUUCUGCAGACGCACACAAUGGACGAGAUUCUGCGCCCAGAGGUGGUAGAGGCCAACGAAGUGGAAAGGGUGGAAGAGGUAGAGGUCGAGGGCAGUAUCGUGGCAGAGACAACGCGUCCAACCCACAUUCUACAGAGGCUACAGCAGAAGGAAGCUCAGGACGACCACCUGGAGGCGGCUUCGGUGCACGUCUGACCGAAGCUGCCUCGACACAACAAGGCGACUCCAUGAACCCUCAAUCAAAAGGAAAUGAGCAGCAGGUAGCUGCAGAUGACGUCGAGGUUUGCUUUAUCUGCGCAAGCCCUAUCGAGCAUGUGUCUAUUGCACCCUGUAACCACCAGACAUGCCACAUUUGCUCCCUGCGGUUGAGGGCUCUUUACAAGACUCGAGCUUGUGCUCAUUGCAGAACAGAAGCACCGUUCGUGGUCUUUACCGACAACGCUGAGAAGCGCUACGACGAAUUCAAAGACAACGACUUUGUCAAGAUCGACGAGAACUUGGGCAUAAAGUACGAGAAGGACGUCAUUCUUGAAGAUACAAUACUGCUCCUCCGAUACAACUGCCCCGACAGAGAUUGUGAUGUUGCAUGUCUAGGGUGGCCGGACCUCCAUCGGCAUGUGAAAUCCAAACAUGGAAAAGUCAUGUGCGAUCUUUGCACGAGAAACAAGAAAGUUUUCACACACGAGCACGAACUUUUCACCUUCGGGGAACUUCGCAAGCACGAAAAGUUUGGAGAUGACAACCCCGGGGCUCUUGACCAGUCCGGAUUUAGGGGCCAUCCCGAAUGUGGCUUCUGCAAACAGAGAUUCUACGGUGACGACGAACUCUACACCCAUUGUCGCGAAAAGCACGAGAGAUGCCACAUUUGCGACCGGAGAAAUGGCGGUAGAAAUCCACAGUACUAUCUCAACUACCAGGAGCUGGAGAAGCACUUCGCGGCCGAGCACUUUGUCUGUCUCGAUGCCGAAUGUCAAGCGAACAAAACUAACGUUUUUGAAUCGGAAAUGGACUUGAAGGCACAUCAGCUCUCUCAGCAUCCCAAUGGCCUCUCAAAAGACGCCAGAAGAGAUGCCCGCCUCGUGGACCUUUCUGGCUUCGAACUCCGAACGCCUUACCAACCACAACGGCGGGGAGGGAGAGAGCGAGAAAGAGAAGGCCGUGGAAGCGGUAGAGGGCGUGAUCCAAACUCUGAACCUAUCCCCAUGUCGAGUGCUCAGACUUUAAGCCGGGCCGAACUGGCUUAUCAAAGACAGCUUGCCAUCCAAAGCUCUCAGUCUGUCUCGAACAGAACUUUUGGUGGACAGCUCACUCAGACCGCACCUGCACCCCGACCGCAACCUUCCUCGCAACAACCCCAGCAGCUGCCCACCGUGGAAAACCUCAGGAUUGAUUCGGCACAAGCAAGUGCAGCAAACAUGACUCCUCAAGAACAGGCUCGAGCGGUCCGCCACCAAGCCGUCACUGACCGUGCCACGACCCUCUUGAAGAACGACACGACCAAGCUGUCUCAAUUCCGCACACACGUCUCGGCGUAUCGGAGCGGGACGAGCUCGGCGACGGAUCUCAUCGACUCGUUCUUUUCUCUGUUCGAUUGCCCGAGUGCCGAACUCGGAAAACUCAUUCGAGAGCUCGCAGACCUGUACGAAGACGAUGCCAAACGCCAAUCCCUGCUCCAAGCGUGGAACAACUGGCGGAGCAUCAACGAAGACUACCCCAGUCUGCCGGGCCCGAGUGGUACGCUCCCGGGCGUGUCGAGUGCGGGCGCCGGCGCGACCGGUGGUCGACGGGUCCUCACUCUGAAGAAGAGCACGGCACAGUCGUCGCGGUCGGCGGUCUCGAAACAAGGGUCGUGGGGCAACGCCCUCCCCGGCGGCUCAAGCCGUGACCCAUUCCCCGCGCUGGCCGGGGCGAACGGACGUCCCAACAACAAGGCGGCACCCACGUCGCAAGCCGUCUGGGCCAAUACGUCGGCGCCGCAAGUCAGCAGCACCACCAUGGGCGCGGCGGCCCCGACCCCUCGGCCACCACCUACAACGGCGGCGCGAGUCGGGACUUCGAGCAGAUCGAACGUCGCCCCCCCGCGCCAGACGGAAGACAUGUUCCCGUCUCUGCCCACGGCGCCGAAGCCGAACACGAUGAUGGCGGGGUUCAACACCCGCGGCUCGGGACGUCUGAUGGGCUCGUCGAGUCGCAACUCACCCGCCGGCUCGGGAUCCGUGACGCCGGUCAACGCGUGGGCCCAAGGUGGCACGACCCCGACGCCCGCCCAGGCCGCCGCCGCCGCCGUGGGCCACGGUGAGAACGGCGGCGGGAUGGAAGCGCUCGAGGGCGCGGCCGGCGGAAAGAAGAAGGGCAAAAAGUCCAAAAAGGGAGAGACGCUGUUUCACUUUGGAUAG